AUCCUGGUAACGACGUAUAAAUAUACGGCCGCUUCAUUCGUAUACAGACGGAAAAUACAAAAACAUGACGUAAAAAUAGAAAAUUUCUUGCCUAUCAGAGACAUGUCCUCAGAUACACUCUGCGGUGCACCUUCAUAUAUUUUCCCGUCUGCAUUUUUUUGUUUACCAGAUACAUAUUCUCCAUCUUUAUAAUUUUCAAUAUCAGACAGUUUCUUUUCUGUAUCAUUUCUGUCAUCAAACAUGAAUAUGGCCGCGCCAAAUUCUUUCCUAACAGUAAACAACACUUCUCAGCGAUGUCUUUCCUUAAAGAAUAAUUCGCACACAUUGCAGUCAAUGAACAGGCUUUAUCGAAUUUCGAACAAUAAAUCCUCAUUUUCUUCUUUGUCGAUCAACACCAUUUGUUGGAGAAAACGAAGUUUUGUAAGAGCGUCGUUAGCAGGCAGUAAUGGCCAGCCAGAUGGAGAAUCGUCACUUGUUGUCUGCUUUGGAGAAAUGCUGAUUGAUUUUGUUCCCACAGUAGGAGGACUAUCACUAGCUGAAGCACCUGCCUACAAAAAGGCUCCAGGAGGUGCACCUGCUAAUGUUGCUGUUUCUGUAGCAAGACUUGGUGGCUCGUCAGCAUUUAUUGGAAAGGUUGGAGAAGAUGAGUUUGGAUAUAUGCUUGCUGAUAUCUUGGAGAAAAACAAUGUCAAUAACAAGGGCAUGCGCUUUGAUGCCGGAGCUCGGACAGCUUUGGCAUUUGUCACUUUAAGGGCUGAUGGUGAACGCGAGUUCAUGUUUUAUAGAAAUCCUAGUGCAGAUAUGCUACUUCUUGAAUCAGAACUUGAAGUGGAUCUCAUCAAACAGGCAAAAAUUCUCCACUAUGGAUCUAUAAGUCUGAUUGCAGAGCCAUGUAGGUCAGCACAUCUGGCUGCAAUGAAAAUAGCAAAGGAUGCAGGUGUUGUUCUUUCAUAUGAUCCUAAUUUGAGACUUCCAUUAUGGCCAUCAGCACAAGCAGCUCGAGAGGGCAUUUUGAGUAUAUGGGAUAGUGCAGAUAUUAUAAAAGUAAGUGAAGAUGAGAUUAUAUUUUUAACUGAAGGUGAAGAUCCUUAUGAUGAUGCUGUUGUACGUAAACUUUUCCACCCAAAUCUCAAGCUGCUGCUUGUAACAGAAGGUCAAGAGGGUUCCCGAUAUUACACAAAGGAGUUCAGUGGGCGAGUGAAAGGUAUGAAAGUUGAGGCCGUGGAUACAACAGGUGCUGGCGAUGCAUUUGUUGGUGGAAUGCUAAGCCAGUUGGCCAGUGACCUUUCCCUUUAUCAGGAUGAAAAGCGUCUUAGAGAAGCGCUUAAGUUUGCGAAUGCUUGUGGCGCAUUAACAGUCAAAGAGAGGGGAGCCAUACCUGCUUUGCCCUCAAAAGAAGCUGUUCUGGAAGCCUUAGUUAAAGUGGUAACUUGAUUUGUAUCACCAAAUGGCAAACAACCACCACGACCGUUAUUGUUGUGGGCUGAAACUGGAAGCAUUGUGUUUCUGAAGGGGCAAGCUGCACAAAGGUGUUUCUGGUGUUUUGAGAGUCCCAUUAGAAUUAUCUGAAAUAAUUAUUUUGCGUUAUGAUUUAUGGCAGAUUACAUGUAUGAAACAAAUCCAAGAGCUUUCCAUUUCAAUAUAACUUCGUCUUUAAGAUACGCUGUAUACUCCAGAUUCAAUAUAAUUUCAGUCUUUGUGUUAA